AUGGAACGACAACUCGCAGACCUUCAAGAUCAAGUGAAUGUGCUCUUUCGAGAUCGAAGCCUUAGUGGCCAAGAGAUGCCAUCUAUGCACGUCGCAAGCUCCUAUAACAUGAGCCUGUCAGACCGAGAUCAGUCCCCCAAACGAACAUCCAGAUCUCCCUCCAACACCACCCAUGACAAAACUCUGGACAAGCACUCGGUCUGCAGUCCUGCUCUGUCCGAUGAUAGUCCCUGGAAAGAGCCCAAAGAGUCUGAUACCCUCGGCCUGACGACCCCCUCGCUCAAUACGUUACCAAUCGGAUCCCAGAUCAUCGCUCUGAGAAAGCUCCGUCAGGCGACCGAUAUAGGCGAUCUCGGAAAUUCUUGCCAGCCUGCCUUAGUCCCAGUGACUUUACCCGAGUUUCAACAGUUUUGGGAACUUUGGGGAGUAUUCUUCACGGAGUUUGAAUCUUACUUCCCCUGCCUGAAUCAAGCCGUGAUCAUGGAGCGAUUUUCCGCCACACUAUUCUCGCGUGGAUAUGGCGACGGGGUCCAGCAAAUAUAUGUAGGGCCCGCUGACUGCAAGAUCAUUGCCAUUCUCCUCAACAUGUUAGCAUAUGCAGAGUCUCUCACUCAGCCUGCUGAGCCCUGUGAGCCACAGCGAUUCCCACAGAGCUACCUGCAGGGGCUCAAGCUGAUGCAACAUUUCGAUAAACUGCAUGAUUGCGAUCUAGAAAACGUCUUAUACCACACAACCUCAUCCACCUUUCUGCUGGAGAUGUCACAGCACCACCUAGCGCUUCAGAGUACCACACAAGGCUUUCAGAUUGCUCUCAAGAUUGGUCUGAACAACCCAGCCCUUUGGCCAGAUGUUGAUUCCGACCUGGUAUCCCGCCAAGGGCUCUGGUGGACACUCUACUUUCUAGACAAACGCCUGACCCAGAAAUGCGGUAUAACGUAUUUUUUACGCGAAGAUGAAAGUUAUGUGAAUGACGCUGGCAUACUAAACGGUAAUAUGGGCUCGAGACGAUAUCACCUUCUGCAGAGCCUAGUCUCCUUUAGUCGGUUAUGGGCCCACAUUUGGGACGCUUUUUUUUCGCCUCAGGCUCCAAAAUUGGACUAUUGGCAGGAAAUGCAGAUGACGGAUACGCGAAUUGUUCUCUCAUAUAGACAACUACCCUGGACGCUUCAUUGGAAAUCUUCUAUGGCUACGGAGUAUCUGUCGUUGGAAGGACAAACGCAUACCCGACAGAGGCUUGUGAUAUAUCUUCGCUUUCAAACCCUUCGUUUGAGCAUCCGUCAUAAGCCGCUCACAUCUACAGAAUAUGAUAUCGAGCGCCGCAGAACAUCGAUUUCAAUUUGUGAAGCAAUCACCGAAGCAAUUCGACAGUACAUGGCAAUAUCUACAUCGCUGAAACCAUUUGGAUAUAUGUUGACGACCGCAUUGGUUGAAUGCUUAUACCAUGUCGUUCCUGAAGAGUCUUGCUCAAGUCCUAUCACUCCAAGGAAAGCUCUGAGAGGAAUAGUGCUCACGACAAGUCAACUUCUUCGAACUCUUUCAAGGUCGACUGCCAUGGCAUAUAAAGUUUAUCAGUACCUCCAGGAUAUUUUGCCCAUUCACGACACAGUUGCAACUUGUCAUGACUUAUCCGAGUCUUCAGUGAGCCAGAAUAUAGAUCAACAGAUUCCACAGGAUUGCCCGAUGCUGAUGGACAUGUCCUCAGAAGACUCCCGGAAGGCCUUGGGAGAUGGUCUAGGGCAAGACAGCACCACAGCGUUCACUAACAGCGGCUCUAUGCCCCCCGCACUUGAGUUACCUGAUUUUUGUUCGAUAGUUUACUCACCAUCCGAACUGGAAGGUUUGCAACGUCAAUCUGGGAUGGAUUUGGGCGGAGAAGGCGGAUCCCGGCUUAUUGGAGAUCUCCUGUAA